CGUCAGUGUCGUCACAAGCGCAGCAGGACGCGACUCCUCUUGGCGGCGGAGCUUCAGCGUGCCGUCAUGGACAGGACGGCCGUCGUCAAAGUGGGUGCCGCUGCCAGUGCGAGCGUUUGUGCUCUGUUCGGCGGCGUGGUUCUGGCCCAGUACAUCGUCGCCAAAAAGAAGAGAGCGGGCAAGAAAACGAGAAUCAUUGAAAUGAUGCCCCAGUUUGAGAAGAAGACGGUUCACAUGAGAGACCCCGAGAGGGUGGAGCAGAUCAUCUGUGGCCUCAUCAAGGGAGGAGCCUCCAAACUUCAGAUCAUCACCGACUUUGACAUGACGUUAAGCAAGUUUGCAGUCAACGGGAAACGUUGUCCGUCGUGCCACAACAUCAUCGACAACUGCAGUCUGGUGUCAGACGACUGUCGAGAGAAGCUGCUGCAGCUCAAGAACAAAUACUACCCCAUCGAGAUCGACCCUCAUCUCACCAUGGAGGAGAAGUACCCCUUCAUGGUAGAAUGGUAUUUCAAGUCACACGCACUUCUGGUGGAGCAGAGGAUAGAGAAGGACAAACUCUCACAGGUGGUGCGAGAUUCUGACGCUGCACUCAGGGAAGGCUUUGAACAGUUCUUUGACCGCCUGCACCAGCACAACGUCCCCGUCUUCAUCUUCUCCGCCGGCCUGGGCGACGUCCUGGAGGAGAUCAUCCGUCAGGCGGGAGUCUACCACCCCAACAUCAAGGUGGUGUCCAACUUCAUGGACUUUGAUGAUAAUGGUGUGCUGCGGGGCUUCAAAGGCGAACUCAUCCACGUGUACAACAAACACGACGGUGCCCUGCGGAACUCCGAGUACUUCAAGCAGCUGAGGGACAACUGCAACAUCAUCCUAAUGGGCGACUCACUGGGUGACCUCAGCAUGGCCGAUGGAGUGCCCAAUGUGGAGAACAUCCUCAAGGUCGGCUUUCUCAACGACAAGGUGGAGGAGCGGCUGGACAAAUAUUUGGACUCUUAUGACAUCGUCCUAGUGAAGGACGAGACUCUGGAAGUGCCCAACGCCAUCCUCCAGAAGGUUCUAUAACUUCCUCUUCUUUCCAGCCACCACCGCCCCAAACACUGUCCACUACUAACACCUUCGUACAUGUCAUGAAUGAACAAUUUUAAACGUACACCCAGCAGCAGACUCUUUCUGUAGUUUGGGUCUCACUUGACCUGCUUGUAGUUUCCGUGGCCACACUCACUCUCUAUCUUCAUCAUGUUGCACACCAGUGUCUCUGAGUCCCCUGGAUGUAUUUGCCAUUAUGGUGGUCUUUAGUACCACAAGGCACGUACCUGCAGGUGGCGCUGCCGUGGCUCCGGACCAGAAAACAGGAAUCAGCGUGUGUUCAGCAGACAUCUAUUUGAACUUUGCAAAGGCGAUGCAAAAGGACCUUUUAAAAACAAUGAAAUUCUACUUAAAUAUGAAUGAAAGUGUGUUGCAGGAAUUCAGCAAGCUUCGUUUUUAAUUAUAUUUGAGAUGAUGAAAGUCUGAUUUGAGGUGAUGCACUUUAAGUUAGAUGUGAAUAUGAGAGUUAGCCAUUAAAAUUAGUGGAUGUACGCUCAUGUUUUAGUGGAUGUAUGAAAAAAAAGCCAUGUUUACUUGUAGCUAAAGCCCACUCUGCUUAUUUGAUUUGUUAACACUCGGAAGAAGAAGAAGCACUUUAUUCUACAGCUCAAACAUUCAUUUUUUAGCUUGUUGGUGACUCAUAAAUGUGUUUUUAUGAGUUAGGGCAGAAGUCAAUGCUAUACUGAAAAAAACCAAAGUUAAUGUGAGACCUUCUUUCUCUUGUAAAGUGAAAUGUUUUAGUGAUACAGUUUUCAGAUAUCAACAUGGUUAUCAUUCUUGUGUUUCACAUGUGCUGCUAUCACCUGCAUGUUGCCUUUUCUCAACUUGAUGUGGAAGGAAAGACGGAGAGGAGGAGGAGGAGGAUGUGUUUGAAACGGAAUAAUAUCUUUCAAUAUCUGUGAACCUCAUGUGGAAAUAUUUCCAAACGUAGAUUAAUGUGUUGUAUUUUUAUAAACAGAUGAAAUUUCUUUUUUUCCUGCGAUGGUGUGAUUUGAAAAUGAAAUUAAAACAUGUGAGGCCACAAAGUGCAUCAAA